AUGACUGUGACACACUGCCUCACGAACCUGUCAGAGAGGAGGGGGAAGGACAUGACUGUGACACACUGCCUCACGAACCUGUCAGAGAGGAGGGGGAAGGACAUGACUGUGACACACUGCCUCACGAACCUGUCAGAGAGGAGGGGGAAGGACAUGACUGUGACACACUGCCUCACGAACCUGUCAGAGAGGAGGGGGAAGGACAUGACUGUGACACACUGCCUCACGAACCUGUCAGAGAGGAGGGGGAAGGACAUGACUGUGACACACUGCCUCACGAACCUGUCAGAGAGGAGGGGGAAGGACAUGACUGUGACACACUGCCUCACGAACCUGUCAGAGAGGAGGGGGAAGGACAUGACUGUGACACACUGCCUCACGAACCUGUCAGAGAGGAGGGGGAAGGACAUGACUGUGACACACUGCCUCACGAACCUGUCAGAGAGGAGGGGGAAGGACAUGACUGUGACACACUGCCUCACGAACCUGUCAGAGAGGAGGGGGAAGGACAUGACUGUGACACACUGCCUCACGAACCUGUCAGAGAGGAGGGGGAAGGACAUGACUGUGACACACUGCCUCACGAACCUGUCAGAGAGGAGGGGGAAGGACAUGACUGUGACACACUGCCUCACGAACCUGUCAGAGAGGAGGGGGAAGGACAUGACUGUGACACACUGCCUCACGAACCUGUCAGAGAGGAGGGGGAAGGACAUGACUGUGACACACUGCCUCACGAACCUGUCAGAGAGGAGGGGGAAGGACAUGACUGUGACACACUGCCUCACGAACCUGUCAGAGAGGAGGGGGAAGGACAUGACUGUGACACACUGCCUCACGAACCUGUCAGAGAGGAGGGGGAAGGACAUGACUGUGACACACUGCCUCACGAACCUGUCAGAGAGGAGGGGGAAGGACAUGACUGUGACACACUGCCUCACGAACCUGUCAGAGAGGAGGGGGAAGGACAUGACUGUGACACACUGCCUCACGAACCUGUCAGAGAGGAGGGGGAAGGACAUGACUGUGACACACUGCCUCACGAACCUGUCAGAGAGGAGGGGGAAGGACAUGACUGUGACACACUGCCUCACGAACCUGUCAGAGAGGAGGGGGAAGGACAUGACUGUGACACACUGCCUCACGAACCUGUCAGAGAGGAGGGGGAAGGACAUAACUGUGACACACGGGAAGGAAACAGCUGGGACACAGGGGGACAUAAAUAACAGCGACACAGGGGGACAUUAA